AUGGCAGGCAAUUUUACAUUUCCAACAGAGGCCGUGUUCCGUUUUAUAGUAGCGGACUUGGUGAACGUAACCUGGGAUGUUGUCGCCCCUCUGGUCUCGCUUUAUGAGAGCUGCGGUGGCGAUGACCGCGCAUUAGAAGAGAACAUAAGCAAUAACAAUAGUUACGUGUGGAUCGCGACUCGCCAAGACUACCAAGAGUCUGGCUGCAACUUCAAGCUCCAGCCAUUCACUGCAGAGGGCGAGUCAUACGGGAACAACAUUACGAGUGUUACAUUUGGGGUUUCAAAACGAUACACAAGUGAUCCGUCACCGGUCUCGUACAAUUUCGUCAACCAAUCCUCAUCCACGACUUCAAGCCCUACUCAAUCAGCGACCACGUCUCUCCCUCCUCCGACUGGCACGGGAACAACAUCACCCUCUACAACAGAGACGACUUCUCAGACUAGCGGUGGCUUGUCACGAGCAAGUAAGGUUGGAAUUGGCCUUGGAGUUCCAUUAGGUGUUAUAUUGAUAGGCGCAACUAUCGGCGCGUUCAUCCUAUACCGGCGGAAAAGACGUCAUACGGGCGAUCAGGAUGUGCGCUCAUCAUACACGAAUGUCACAGACGGAGACGGUGACUUCCCUUUCGCAGUUGUCAAGCGGUCACGGAGGGUCGAUAGGGACCGACAAACGACUAAGCGAACUAAUGUCUACUGA